CUUAAGUAUAUCAUUAAAAUAUUUUUAAGAAAGGUAUUUUUUGAAAGAUAUUUGUGGAAUUCAAAAGCAAGACAUUAGGAAUCAGGCAAGGGAAUUGGAAAUGGAUCUUUGAAGGAUGGAUGAGACCGUGGUGAGCAGAGAUGGGCCAGUUGAGGAGGCUGCCCUACACAGCAAUCCAGGACAAAGAAGGAGAAAUGAAUGGAGCGUUCUGGGAACACCAAGAGCCUGAGAUACAGAUUGGACUUCAUAACAAGGCUAGACUACCACCUGCAAAUCAGAGACAACUUUUCGUUUGAGCAGAAUCACAGACUGAAAUAAAAGGGAAAAUAAUGUGUCUUGGCUGUGACGGUACAUAGAGGCCAUCUUAUUCACCACCGUUGGAGUAUUACAGGGACAAUCUAGCUGAACCCAAGAGGAAGGCUAAGGGCCAGUGAGCCCAGAUGUUGCUGUCCUUCAAGAUCAGCCCUGGAGAAGGGUGGAGAGUGGAUCUGGAGGAAGAAAGGCAGAAUUAUCUAGCAGCUCUAUUAUCAAGUCCUAAAUUUUGGAAUGAUUGUCUCCUCAGCACUAAUGAUCUGGAAGGGGUUAAUGGUCAUAACCGGAAGUGAAAGUCCGAUUGUAGUGGUGCUCAGUGGCAGCAUGGAACCUGCAUUUCAUAGAGGAGAUCUUCUCUUUCUAACAAAUCGAGUUGAAGAUCCCAUACGAGUGGGAGAAAUUGUUGUUUUUAGGAUAGAAGGAAGAGAGAUUCCUAUCGUUCACCGAGUCUUGAAGAUUCAUGAAAAGCAAAACGGACAUAUCAAGUUUUUGACCAAAGGAGAUAAUAAUGCGGUUGAUGAUCGAGGACUCUAUAAACAGGGACAACACUGGCUAGAGAAAAAAGAUGUCGUGGGGAGAGCGAGGGGAUUUGUUCCUUAUAUUGGGAUUGUGACGAUCCUCAUGAAUGACUAUCCUAAAUUUAAGUACGCGGUACUCUUUUUGCUGGGUUUGUUUGUGCUGGUCCAUCGUGAGUAAGAAGUCUGCCUCGCUGUUCCCGGAAGAUGCCGUGCUUUGUGUUACUGAUGUUUGGAGUAGAUAUUGGUCUGUGAUUGGCGGAGUGGCGAGCACACAUGGUGGCACUUCUUGGUAGCCCUGGUUCGCUUUAGUUUGUGUUUCCACGCCAGAGUCUGUGUGGGCGGGUGCGUGUGCACCACCGCGUGCACUGGAGGGGACUUUCAGUCACAGGAUUUCAUAUGUUGUCAUUGUCACACUUUCACAUUUUUGUACAUCGGUGAAUUUUUUAUAUUAAAAGGUUGAGCCAAAGCCCCCAGUGUUUGUAUUUUGAAGCCAAGCUUCACUUCUAAAGUGCCUACAGAGUUCCGCGAGUGAACAUGCAGCUCUGCACGAGUUCCAAGCUGUCAUUCCCCGUUCUAAUGGGAAUGGCAUAUACUGAGGUGGUUGGAAGUCUUAACUUUUCAAAAUUUUAAAUAAAAGACUUUGCAUAUCGAA